AUGGCUGUCUUUUUAGAGAUCAAAUUGAGGAAUGGUCAGCGGCUGAAGCAAAUCUUUUCGAAGAUGCGCUUGAAAAGUAUGGGAAAGAUUUCUCAGAUGUACGGGUCGACUUCCUGCCAUGGAAAUCACCACGUGAUAUCGUUGAGUACUAUUACAUGUGGAAAACCACAAAUCGAUAUGUUGAACAAAAAAAGAAGAAAAACGCAGAGCACGAAAGUAAACUCAAGCAGGUCUAUAUUCCUAAUCACGCUAAAACGACUGGUCCUCCAGUGCGAGGAACGGAUCCUUGUGAAGGCUGCAAGGCUGUUGAAAGCAAUAUAUGGCAUGCUUGGGGCCCUGCAAAUUUACAGCUGCGCCUCUGUCAUGAAUGUUGGACAUACUGGAAGAAGUACGGUGGAUUGA